AGUAAAGUAGUGUUACAUAAAUGGGCCAAAUCCACUUAAUGGGCCGGGCUGAGACUAGGAGACGUCAUCAUCCCGAAACCAAUCCCGUCGCCGUGGUUCUACUACCAUGGCGAUCCUGGCCAUAGCCGCUCGCUUCCCUCUUCUCCUCCGUCUCACUGUCCCGUCUAUCUCGCCUCCUUCUGUUAUCCACUAUCGACGAACUAUUAUUCCAUCCGAUGGAUUCAGCAACCGGUUACGCUCGAUCCUCCGUUAUUCAUCGUCCGACAGCGGCGGAAGCGGCAGUGGCGACAUAACCGGCGUUAACGAUUCCGUCACUGUUGUUUCGGGUGUUCAGAGUCCUAAUUACUUGAAAUGUACGGAUGAAGAGUUGAUGAAGCAGUGUAGAUUAGAGACAUUUAGAGUUUCAGGACCUGGAGGACAACACCGGAACAAGCGUGACUCCGCCGUGCGUCUUAAACAUCUCCCCACCGGAAUCGUAGCUCAGGCAGUCGAGGAUCGUUCACAGCACAAGAAUCGUGCUUCUGCUUUGAAUCGUCUUCGCACGCUUCUCGCCAUCAAAGUGAGGAACAAAGUGGACCUUGAUGCGUAUGCUCCUCCUCCUGAGCUUCUUCAGAUUCUACCUCCUAAGUCCACUAUCAGAACUUCUUCUGGUUCACAGAUUGGUCCCAACAAUCCUAAAUUUGUACCUGGAAUGCAAGCUUUGCUUGAUGUUGUUUCUGCUUCUGACGGUUCUAUUGCCGAUUCUGCCAAAUUGCUUGGUUUGAGCACUGGUGGCUUAUCUCGUUUGAUACUCUCCCAUGAUGGUCUUCGUAUGGCACUCAAUAGCAUGAGAGCAGCCAAGGGAAUGAAGCCUCUCAAAUAGUCGGGAUGUAUUGCCUUUGAAAGAUGAUGUGCAGGCCUUUGACGAGCUUUAUUUGGGUAGCUACUGCAGCACAGUGACUACCAUUUCUUGCACCAUAUUUUGUAUAUAAAACAAAGGUGAAAUGCUGAGUUCAGUCUAACAUUUGUACUUCUACGAUCAUAAAAACAGUCACGUAUUUGAGAUGUUAUACUAUAAUAGGCUGUUCAAAUGUUUGCAGUAAGUUUUUGCACCUUUGUUAUGAUUGUGUUGGAACCAUUUUGGAUUAG